CGCGUAGCAAAGACUUUAAACGAGUCGUUUGUGUUACUUUCAGUUAAAUUACGAGGGUUGUCAAACUUACCAGUGUUCCUGUUCACAAUAUAUGUCCAUUUGGCUUCACUGUACACCUUGCUAGCGUUAGCUAACUAACAAGAUAGUAAAACAACUGCUCCUCCGUGACGCCUCUCCAGCUCACCUGCCUUUUUACACUGUAGUGCAUCAACUGUAGCUCUGUAGUUAUGAGUGGAAAGGAUCUGCAUACUUUCAUUACAAGCUACAGAGCAGAAGAUGCGGAAAAACUGACACUGCGGAUGAAAAAUGGUCUCGGCAGCUCGAAGUACAAACCGGCUGAAUACAAAAGACUACAGGCCAUUGUUGAUGCCAAACGCCUGGAGUCUGAUCUAAUUGGAUUAAAGGUUCAGAAGACUCGUUGUGCAGCCAAGGCAACCAAGGAGAGCUCCAUAUUACGGCAGCACAGACAGGUGUGGAGCAGAGAGUGCCCCAGGCUGCAAAAGGCUGAGGAAAAGGCUGAGAAUGACAUCCAUGAUUUUCUAGAGCAGAUCAAGCCAAACAAUAGAACAGAUUCUGCCAUCUUCUCUCUUCAAGAUUAUGGUCUGCUCUUAGACAGGGAGCGGGAGGCAUUCAGAAUAGCCACGGUGGAGCCUGUUCAUCAGCUCAAGGAUGACCUGUGCUUCAGACUGGGUGAACUACAACAUCAGCAGCUCAGCGCCCAUCGAUCAAACUGGGAACAAGUAAUACAGCAGAUAAACUUUGUGAAAGACCAGCAAGAUGACAUAACUGCAAAACUUCAUGCAGAGUACCUGACAUUGGAGGAGGAGAUCAUUGGCCUUGGCUUAGAAAAAUAUCUUACUUCAGAUAAUCUGGCGAUCAUAGAAAACAUUCCAGAGGAGGUUCUGGAUUCAGACUGCCCUUACCCAGAGCUGAAGGACUCCCUGAUCCAGGCCUUCCAUUCCCUGUCAGAAAGGUGCAAGAGCAGGCUGCAGACUCUCCAAGAUCAACUGCAGAGCACUGACAGGUGUUGUGGCUGGUGUGCAGAUGACCAUGAACGUUUCCUGUUCACCUUGUCUCAGUACACUCAUGACAUUCCCAACCACAGAGCGCUCUACAUGGACAUGCUGCAAAGACUGUUUCCUGAGAAAACUCGACAGGAACUGAUAGAGCACGAACGUCUGUGGGACUGGCAGCGUUUCACCCAGACACAGCUGAGAGUAGUGACCCAGCAGUGUCAGCGGGACCAGGAAGAGCUGCUGGCCAGAGCCCUGGUCACCCUGCAGGAGGCCAGACAUGCCCACCAGGAGGAGCUGGAGCUCCACAGAGUCCGCCAGCACCAGCAGGACAUCUGCUCGCAUCUCAGAGAGAAGCUGCAGCAGUGGCGGGCCCAGCAGGAGGAAGUGGCAAAGCUGGAGGCAGCUAUAGCUGCUAGACAACAAGAGGAGGAAGAGGCGCGGCUAAAGAGGCAGCAGGAGAAGGAGGCCGCCAUCAGAUCACAGCACAAAGAAAAAGUCAGGCAGUUUUAUUUAAGGCAGCAGGAGAGGAGGGAGAUACUGGAGCAGAGGGAUCAAGAGAGACUUGCUAAUCUGAGGAGCGUCAUGGAAGAACAGGCAAGGCGAGAUAAAGAGAGGGUGCAGUUUCGGGCAGAGAUGUUGCAGCGGCGAAAGGAGGAGAGAGAGGCGUGGGAGCUUGAGCGGCAGAGAGAAGAGGAAGAGAAACAGCAUCGUCUGGAGGUCCUCAGAAACCAGGUUGGGGUGGUGGCAGAGGCAGACCCAGAGAGGAUGAUGGCAGAUACAGAAGCCUGGAGGAGUCGACACUUGAAUGUAAAGGAGUUUGAGCUCCAAAGGCCUCUCUACAGUAUUAACACGUACACAGACACACAGAUUGUGUCUGAUCCAAGAGUGCGGGUUGAGCAGGCUCUGCGGGAGGCUGGUCUGCAACACAGCCAGUAUGCCAAACAGGUCUUGUCUGUUCUCACGCCCCCUAAACCACCCAGACGAGACACCAAAUCCAUACUCAAAUUCUGACCAGGGGCUUGUUUGGGGUCACAUUAUUAAGUCCAACCUUUGCUCUAGUAUUGAGCAUCACAUUAAAUGUAAAUAAUUAAUUAAUAAGACACACGUGUAAGAAUCAUAUUCACAAUUGGACACAUCACAAAAGCUGCUGUGCUACGGUAUUGACCACCAAGUGACACAGUGCAAUUACUAUUAUUGACUUUUAUUGAAGGUUUUAUACUCUACAGCACCUUGUGAGAAAUCAUACAGUAUCACAGUGAUGAUAAACAUGCACCUCCAACAAAUGAAAA